AUGACCGCCUGGGCCCAUCCCCUCCCAGCGCGGUACUUCGAGAUGUGCGCCUGGCCGAUUUCUUCGUAUCGCUCCCGCCCCCCGCACGGCUGGGGCAGCGGCCCAGCAAAGCCUCCCGGGCCGCGUGACACCCAUUUUUGUUCCGAGACAGUGGAGAUUGCAGAUGAUUCGCCGACGUUCUCAGAGGUCAUCGAUUACCCGAAAAGCGCAAAGGAUUUGCCAGUGCCGCGCUCGGAGAUGUCGGCUGCGAGGCAGCCGUGGCACUACCCGGACUGCAUGCCUUAUAUUGUCGGGACUUUUGCAGACCACGCCUCUCGCGGCCAGGCUGCGGGUAUGGACCCGACUCCGCUAAUUUAG